AUGCAAUCGUCAAAUCCAGACAACGCCAACCCCACCAUCCGGAGUAUCGCCAGUCUUCCAUCCCGCGGUAGGCGUUCGGAUACCAGCUUGGACGAUUCCCCAGAAUCAAAGUAUGACAGUUUGCUGCUUUCUCGAACUACAGCCUCGGACUAUGGUCUACCGGACGUCUUAGCCUGGUCAUCCGACAGCGACAGCGAUUAUGACUCCACCGAUCACGCCUCCCCUUUCCCCUCAUUAUCAUCACCGUCAUCAUCACAAUAUGCCGCGGACCCCAUCGAUGCCCUUGAAAUUUAUACCUUGACCGCGUCCAUCUCGGACCCGGAACACCCCCACACCCUGGGCCAGCUCUCCGUCAUCAAUCUGCCGGACAUCCACGUGACGUCAAAUCACGUCCUGGUCGAGGUGACCCCUACCAUCACGCACUGCUCUCUGGCUACCGUCAUUGGGUUGGCAGUCCGAGUGCGCCUGGAGCAAGCCUUGCCGCCAGCCUACCGCGUCGAUGUGCGCAUGAAGCAGGGCUCCCACGCCCAGGACGACCAGGUCAACCGUCAACUGGCCGACAAGGAACGUGUGGCUGCGGCGCUCGAGAAUGACAGCCUCAGGGGAAUGCUCGACAAGAUGAUGGAGACGUGCACGACUUGA